AUGGUCACUGAAGAUGAGCCUGUGGUCACUACAGAUGAGCCUGUGGUAGCUGUAGACGUACAUGCACCUGGUGCAGACGCUGCUGAUGAUGUAGACGGUUUUCUAGGUGGGCCACGUGACCCAUCAGUGCUUACGGAGUAUGCUGACCAUGUUGUAGUUAGGGUAUGGAACGAAGAGGACCGUCUUGAAUUGAAGUUAUCCUCCCAUGGGAGGAAGGUGCAAAAAUUUGAUAGGCCUGCUCUUGAGAUUGAGGACCUAGUUGCUGCCACAGGACUAAGUCAUUUGAUCGCGUGUUCAGUAGACACUGGCGAUCGGAGACUUAUAUCCUCGUUUAUGGAGAGGUGGCACAGGGAGACUAGCAGUUUCCUUUUUCCCGUGGGGGAGGUUAGUAUCACCCUGGAUGAUGUGGCGUCUCUUCUUCAUCUUCCCAUUGUUGGUGCCUUCCAUACAUUCCAGCCUCUGCACAUCGACGAGGCGGUGUUGAUGUUGGUUGAGUUACUAGAGGUCUCUGGAGAGGAAGCCAGGGCCGAGAUAGCACAUUGUCAUGGACCAUACUGUUGGAUAUAUGAGCACUUUCCGUCACUUGCGGAGUGCAUGGCUGAUCCGGACUAUGAUGAGGUGUCACCACGUCUAUGUCGGUGGAUUGCUACGAAGGCGAUUGCGAAGUCCAUAUCUACAGCGACCUCCGUUGGGGACUCGUUGCCGUCAAACACCGACCAGAGAGGGUCAUGCACUGAUUCGGAUACGUCCAAAGUCCCAGAGCCAGCAACAACAUCGACACAUGCCCAUUCUUAUGUGGAGCAGCCCAGACAUGCAGUGGAGGCUUGCCAUGCGAUUGCUGAAAGGUUGGAGUGUCAUCUCAACCUUAGGAUAGUCAAGGCAGGCACAGAGACACACGAGGUCAUGGAAGAAUGCAUUAGGAUUGCCAGGGGUGUCACAGAAGACUGCAUUGUGUAUGCGAGGUCUCGACGUAGGCGGCGCACAGAUGAGGCAUAG